AAAUGAUAGCCCCCCCCAGCUUCAUCAUGGCUACAGUGCUGUUGGAAUGGGUUAAUGUGAUUGGCUGAAACAUGGGGGGUUCGUUCAUAUGAUUGGCUGAAACAAGAAAGCUAUCUGAUUGAUUACUGAUCAUCCAAUCAGAUAGACCAUUUAUUAUAAAAAACAUUUGUGGAUUGAGAGGGAGGAGAGUCUCAAAAUUCACAUACAAAGGCAGCAACUCAGGCCAGAAGCAGCUUGUAAAUCAAGAAACAUUUGUGCUUGCAUCAAAAAUAUAAGUGUGAAUUUCGUCCUGUGUAUUUGUGAAUUAUGAGACAAUUUUAGCUCCACAGAGUCGCGCCAAAAGUUUGAAUGGAACCAAUUUGAUUCUCCCAGAGGUUCCGUUCGGACUGACCCGGAUGGACCCCAACGGAACUUCCGGGAAGCUAUUAUGUUGACCAUGACGUCAGAAGUGAAGGUCAGCAAAGCGAACCGAACCGAUCCGAACCGGUAGGUUUCACCAGAACCAGUGAGGCCAGCCACCGAGCCAAGAGGUACAGAAACAACUCCAGGUUGCUCCAUUCAGAACCCAGUGAGACCCAUCCUGACCAGAACCAUCAGAACCGAGGAGAACCCGGCUACAGAGGCAGAUUCUGAUGGAGCCGGCCCGGCCCGGCCCGCUGUACCUGAGGAGCACUUCGACGGUUUCCCUGAACGAGCGCUUCUCUCAGCUUCUGACGACCCGGCUGACCCGACCCGGCAGGCCCGGUUCCAGGAGCCGCAGGAUGAGAAUGGCGCUGGUUCAGGCUCCGCCCACCUGCCCGAGGAGGCAGCUGCGUGUGAGGGGCAGCGUGUGGACCCGACUGGGGGGUCCGCUGCUGACCCGCGGGCUGACCCGACGGCACUGGUCCUGGAGGCAGCCCGGGUUCUGGAGCUUCAGGAGGAAGUACACCUGGAGAGGCAGGUGCAGCGCCCCCUACAGGAGACAGCGGAACCUGCUGAGUCGGCUGGGACAGCGCCACCUGGUGGAGAAAUCGGACCUGCAGAACCAGUCUGAAGGAGGGCGGGGCCCCACGCUGUGGAGGGGCGGGGCCACGGCCUCAAAGGGGCGGGGCUUUGUCCCAAAGCAGCAGCUGGAUGCUGAGCUGGAUGAGUACAUGUCUCUGUCCAGAAGCAGGCUGGACCGGCAGCUGGACGACUACAUGUCCAUGUCCCGCAGACGCCUGGACCAGGAGAUGGACGAGUACAUGCUGAUGGCGGGCCAGUGUCUGGAGGACUGAGGGGCGGGGCUUACAGGGGGCGGGGCCUGGUGUUUUUUUUACCAGUUUUAUUUACUAUAAGCAGCAAAGAUCUGGCUGCUGAUUGGUUCCUGAGCUUCAGGUCUGUCUCUGGAGGCUUUUGUUUGUUCUCUGAUUGGUUGUUGUAUUUUUGUCUACUUCACUGACCUCUCUCUGCGUUGGAGAUCUGAGUUCCUGAAGCUGCAUUUUUGUUCUCUAAGUUUGAAAAUAUGUGAAUAAACGAUGUUUCCUUUAGA